CCUGUAAAAACCCGUCGCCUCCCAGACGUCUUUUACUGAAUGAGGUGAGGGCGCGCCGGCUGGAUCACGUGGGAACGGUUCCGGAAGCUGCAGUCUAGUGAUUUCACACAGUAAGAUCUGCCCGAUAAAAGACACAGUGAUGGCUGCAGACUGAUCUGAGUGGAAAGAAGAUGGAAGCCCAGAUGUAAUUGCCAAUGGAAAUAUAUUGAAGUCCUUUACAGAAAGCCAGAAGACACGAGAUCUGAUUGGCAGCCUCUGGACUGUAUGGCAGGAGCUGGAGAACAGGCGAGUGUGCACCAAUCGCUUUGUAGUGAUUAUGGACAAGUACAGGGAGCAACCUCACCUUUUGGACUCACAUUUAGAUUGGAUGUUGAACUCACUGCUGGAAAUAAUCCGAGACAAGACCUCUCCACCUGUGUUGUUCCAUUUAGCCUUUAAAUUCCUCUACAUCAUUUCCAAGGUGCGGGGAUACAAGAUUUUCCUCCGUCUUUUUCCGCAUGAAGUUGUUGAUCUGCUGCUGGUGUUGGAAAUGAUUUCAGCACAAGACCCCAAGGAUCACGAGACCUGGGAAACUCGUUACAUGCUAGUUUUGUGGCUCUCCAUGACGUGCUUGAUACCCUUUGACCUUUCAUGUUUGGAUGAGAACAUUGACAGUGACUCCGGACCCAAACGCAUGCCCACAAUGGAUAUUAUUCUGGAUGUGGCCAAGUCCUACCUUGUGGUCACUGACAAGGCUCGGGAUGCCGCUGCCGUGCUUGUUUCAAAGUUUAUCACUCGGCCCGAUGUCAAGCAGAAGAGGAUGGCAGAAUUCCUCGACUGGUCACUCUCUACUCUAUCAAACGCCAAGUACCUGACCAUGCAGGGAACAAUAGCCAUGGAUGGAAUGCUGCAGGCCCUGGCUCAUCUCUUUAAGCAUGGGAAGAGAGAGGACUGUUUACCAUAUGCUUCCGUCGUCCUCACCAGUCUUAACAGCUGUAACUUGUCCGACAGCAACCAGACUGUCCUGCGCAAGCUUGCCAUUAAACUCGUCCAGCGCCUCGGCCUUACAUUCCUCAAAACCAAAGUGGCUAAUUGGAGAUAUCAGCAGGGUUCAAGAUGUUUGGCGGCCAACCUGCUGCAGUCUUCGGCCAACACCCAGAGGUCCAACCCAAUCGUAUCUCCUGAAGAAGAGGCCUGUGAUAUUCCGGAGGAGAUUCACAAAGUCGUUGAGCAAUUGCUGGUUGGCUUGAAAGACAAAGACACUUUUGUCCGUUGGUCUGCUGCGAAAGGGAUUGGAAGACUGACUGGGCGACUUCCUAAGGAGCUGGCAGAUGAUGUGGUUGGGUCUGUUCUCGACUGUUUCAGUUUUCAGGAGGCCUAUAACGCUUGGCACGGGGGAUGCCUGGCUUUGGCUGAACUUGGAAGGCGAGGACUGCUGCUUCCUUCCAGGCUUCCAGAUGUUGUUCCCCUGAUUCUAAAGGCCCUGGUGUAUGAUGAGAAGCGUGGUGCCUGCAGAGUUGGUUCCAAUGUCAGGGAAGCUGCUUGUUACGUAUGCUGGGCUUUUGCACAGGCGUAUGAACCUCAAGAGAUGAAGCCCUUUGUGAAUCAAAUAGCAAGUGCAUUGGUCAUUGCCGCAGUGUUCGAUCGGGAUGUGAAUUGCAGGAGAGCAGCCUCUGCAGCCUUCCAGGAGAAUGUGGGGAGACAGGGCACUUUCCCCCAUGGCAUCGAUAUUUUAACCACGGCAGAUUAUUUUGCAGUUGGGAACCGUGCAAACACGUACCUAAAUAUAAGUGUGUUUGUGGCUGGCUUUCAGGAAUACACCAAGCCAAUGAUUGAUCAUUUAGUGGAAAUGAAGAUUACCCACUGGGAUGGGGUUGUACGAGAGCUGUCCACUAAGGCUUUACACAACCUCACCCCCACGGCCCCAGAGUUUAUGGCAAAGACAGUUUUGCUGCGUUUGCUCCCUCUGGCCAUUGGAACGGACUUGCACACACGCCAUGGUGCAAUCUUAGCAUGUGCGGAAAUCACCCAUGCCUUGUACAAACUGUCGGCUCAGUGCAACAGGCACCUUUCUGAUUAUCUGAACAAUGAAACGCUGGCAGGACUUACAGCAAUUCACCCAAAACUCCAGGAGUGCCAGCUAUACAGGGGCCUGGAUGGAGAGUUAAUGAGACCUGCAGUCUGCUGCUUAGUGGAGAAACUUUCACUCUCCAAAUUUCCACACCCUGGAGAAGAUAUUAUUGGUGGGUGGCUGUGGCUGAUCAAUGACAGUUUAAAGAACCUUCACCUGUUCAUCGGCACUGCCAGGCAGAAGAUUAAGGAAGCUGCUGUGUCAGCCCUCUCCGCCCUGUGCCAGGAGUAUUACCAGGGAGGAUCCGCAGCAGCCCAUGAAGACCUUGUAAAGCAAUUCACCUCAGAGCUGCAGAGCGAUGAAGAGAUGGUUCGCUGUGGUUUCUCUCUGGCCCUAGGGGCCCUUCCGCAGUUUCUACUGAAAGGCAAGCUCCAGCAGGUACUGGAUGGUCUAAGGAGAGUCACCUGCAUUUCUGGGAAAAAUGAUGGCUUUGCAAAGUCCAGAAGGGACGCCCUGAGGGCCAUUGCUCAGAUUUGCCAGACAGUUGGUGUGAAAGAGGAUGGAUGUGCAGAUGAAGCCAUGUGCAAAGAGAAUAUUACCCUGGUUUAUAACACCCUACUGAACUGCAUGAAUGACUACACUACAGACAGCCGAGGGGAUGUCGGAGCCUGGGUGAGGGAGGCAGCGAUGGCCAGUCUUCAAGAUGUGACAUUACUGAUUGCUCAGACUGAGACAUCUCUCCUAGAGCCUGACUUUGUCCAGCGGAUAAUGUGUGCGCUCUGUCAGCAAUCUGCUGAGAAAAUUGACAGGUGUCGAGCCUUUGCUGGAUCUGUCUUUCUUAAUCUCCUUUACUUUAACAACCCACCAGUCCCACAUAUCCCACAUAGGGAAGAACUGGAGAGGAUAUUUCCCAGAACACAAGCAGAAUCCCUGAACUGGAAUGCGCCAUCACACGUUUUCCCCCAGAUCACCCAGUUACUAGGAUUUUCCACAUAUCGGUACUAUGUACUAAUGGGCCUGACCGUGUCUGUGGGUGGACUUACUGAAUCUACGGUGAGAUACUCUGCUCAGAGCCUGUUUGAAUACCUUCGGGCAAUACAGAACGACACAGAACAAAUGGAUGCUUUUUCCUCCUCACUGCUUCAGGUCUUCCGUGACAAUCAGCACAUUGAUAGGGUCUCCAUUCCCCUGCUGAAAAUGUUGGCACAGAUGUUGGCCAAUGGCUGCUUUGAGAUCUACACACAGGAGGAAGAACACCCGUUUGCCCCUGACUUACUGUCCCUUUGCAAAGAAGAGAUCAAGAAAUCUAAAGACACCCAGAAGCUGAUAUCCAGUAUAGGCGUCUUCUGUGGCCUGAUCCAGUUCCCCGGUGAUAUCCGAAAGGAAGUUCUGUUUCAGCUGUUGCUUCUGGUUUGCCAUCCAUUCCCAACAAUCAGAAAGAAAACAGCCAGUGAGGUGUACGAGAUGCUCAUUACAUACGAAGAUGUGGUCGAACCAGAAAUUUUGGACGAAGUCAUGACUGUACUGAGUGACACCACUUGGGAAGCAGACUUGAUAAUUGUCCGGGAGCAGAGGAACCACCUGUGUGAUUUAUUGAAAGUGCCCAAACCUUCUCUAGUGACCAAGGUAUCUCCAUCCUAAUAAGACAAAUAAAAACCUGAGAGCAGCGAAACAAUGAAGUUCCCAGCAGUGAGUUUCAGGAAGAGAUAUGCAUUGCUCUGGCCUGACCAGUCAGCAGGGACACUUUAUCUUGUGCCGUCUGAAAUCAUGGGUACUGUACAUGCAGGAUGGGAGUGUGACAUGUACACCCACACGCAAAACCUCGUCUGUAGUAUAUGGGCCCCUACCUCUAGCGCUGAAAGGUUCCGUGUACCAAAUAUAUAUAUAUAAACUACACAGAAUAUUAAACAUGUCUACAAAUAUAA